AAACCAUCACCCUGGUUGUGUCCAGGUCAGUGUGUGGUGGAGUAACUGAUGGAGACCAACGUGGACGAUAUUGACCUGAAGGCCUCUGUAUUCAGCCAAGCAAACCCUCUUUAUGACAACACCAUGAAGCUGACUGACCAUGAUGACUUCCAGCACAGCAAACUAAAUUCAAAAAAGCCAGCGACAAACCUUUGCUGCAUUUCUGUUCUCGUACUGUUUUUGCUGCUGCUGACUGGACUGGUUUCUUUGUUGGCAUAUAAAGUCAUUACUCUGGAGGCUUUGGUUCAUCUUCACUAUACAUCAGCUGAUGCCAAAAUAGCGGCACUCAUGUCUGCUGAAGGAAUCAACCUGGGCAGCUCCAAUUCAGAUCAGUGUCUCUCCGAUAUGUGUGGGAACAAUGGGACUCUAGAGAAUCUAAGGACUCAGCUAAACCAGCUCAACAUUAGUGCACAAAGAGCCAUAGUUUGUCCGCCUGGUCCACCUGGCAAACCUGGAUUAAACGGUCCUCCUGGAGUGCCAGGGAUGGCGGGACAGAAAGGACAGGCUGGCUCACCAGGUCAGGUAGGUAAGCCUGGAGCUCCAGGUGAUAAAGGACAGAAAGGAGACCAAGGACUAGCAGGUGAAAGGGGCCCGACUGGCAUGAUGGGUGCACCUGGCAUUCCUGGCUUGAAGGGGGAUACAGGACAGAGAGGAUUAACAGGUUUACCUGGGACUGAUGGUCGUCAAGGUGCAGUGGGAAAGACUGGUAUCCAAGGAAUACCAGGUCUCCAUGGGCCACCAGGUCCUAAAGGAGACCCAGGUGCCAGAGGUGAGAGAGGUGAACGGGGGCCUUCAGGUCCUAGUGGUCUUUCUGGUCUGCAAGGACCACCUGGUGAAAAAGGUUCACCUGGACCAAAGGGAGACACUAGUGUUGGCCUUCCAGGGCGCCCAGGACCACAGGGACAAAAGGGAAGUCAAGGACUGACAGGUGUUCCUGGACUUCGGGGUACAAAUGGAGAAAAGGGCAGUAAAGGUGAUCAAGGCCUGAGGGGAACUCAAGGUCUUAAGGGAGAGAAGGGUGAUGUAGGACCCCUGAGUAGCGCCCCUGGUCCUAAAGGAGACCCAGGUGCCAGAGGUGAGAGAGGUGAACGGGGGCCUUCAGGUCCUAGUGGACCUCCUGGUCUACAAGGACCACCUGGAGUAAAAGGUUCACCUGGACCAAAGGGAAACACUGGUGUUGGCCUUCCAGGGCCACCAGGUCAACGGGGAGAAAAGGGAAGUCAAGGAUUGUCAGGUGUUCCUGGACUUCGAGGUCCAAAUGGAGAAAAGGGCAGUAGAGGUGAUCAAGGCCUGAUGGGAACUCAAGGUCUUAAGGGAGAGAAAGGUGGUGUAGGACCCCCGAGUAGCACCCCUGGUCCUAAAGGAGACCCAGGUGCCAAAGGUCAGAGAGGAGAGCAGGGGCCUUCAGGUCCUAGUGGACCUCGUGGUCCGAUGGGACCUUCUGGUCUCCAAGGACCACCUGGACUAAAAGGUUCACCUGGACCAAAGGGAGACACCGGUGUUGGCCUUCGAGGGGUCCCAGGACAACAGGGACAAAAGGGAAGUCAAGGAUCUGCAGGUGUUCCUGGACUUCGAGGUCCAAAUGGAGAAAAGGGCAGUAAAGGUGAUCAAGGCCUCAGGGGAUCUCAAGGUCUGAAAGGAGCAAAGGGUGAUGUAGGACCCCUGAGUAGACCCUCUGCUGUGAUUCGUUUAGUGGGAGGUUCCAGCCGCGGAAGAGUGGAGGUGCUUCAUGAGAAUGCCUGGGGAACGGUGUGUGAUGACAGCUUUGACACUGUGGACGGUACGGUGGUGUGCAAGAUGCUGGGUUUCCAGAGGGCCACUCAGGUGUUCACGGAAGGUGCAGGAACUGGACGUAUCUGGCUGGACGAGAUGAGAUGUACCGGAAAUGAGAUGAGCAUUUUUGACUGUCCACAUGGAGGAUUCGGAGUUCAUAACUGUGGCCACAGUGAAGAUGCGGGAGUUAGCUGUGUCUGAAUAAAAGAAAAAAACAUCUCACACCAAAAAUUUUGCUUCUUGACUUUUAGCCAGCUAGUGCUUUUUAGUGCACGUAUACCGUCAGUUCUCCUCAAACAUAUGCAGUUAUCAAAUUAUGAAAUUACUGCAUAGUAAAACCAAACUUAUUGUUGUCAGAUGUUCUGCUUGAGAAGUAUGCGUGGUGUCAUUAAGGCAGCAACAUCUAUGCAUUUCUGAGUUGGAUUUAUGUGUGCCAAUAUUUUUGGCCUAUGCACUAUAUAAAUGUAUAAUCACCACAAUAAAUUCAUCCAUGUGUACUGUGCUAUCCUAAAACUGUCCUGACAUAUAACACUCAGACACAGCAAAAUAAAUAGCUUAAUUUUAAAA